AUGAGACUUCAAGAGGGAAGAGACAACACAAGUUCUAAUGAACUAGCGGAAUUUUCAAAAUGGAUUUUAAAUGUGGGUGAUGGUAAGAUUUGUGAACCCAAUGAUGGUUUGGUUGAUAUUGAAGCUCCUCAAGAGCUAUUAAUAUCAAAUUUUGAUGAUCCUAUAAGAGCAAUUGUUGAAAACACAUAUCCCAAUUUGUUGGAAAAAUAUCAAGAUGUUGAAUUCUUACAAGGAAAGGCUAUUCUUGCUUCAACCAUUGAAGUUGUGGACAAAAUCAAUCAUUAUGUAUUAGACUUGAUACCAGGAGAAGAGAAAGAGUAUUUGAGUUUUGAUUCCAUUGAUAGAACAGAUUCAAGUUAUACUGAAGCAUAUGAAGUUCUAACUCCUGAAUUUCUCAGUAAAUUAAGAACGUCAGGGCUUCCUAAUCAUAUGAUCAAAUUGAAGGUUGGUACACCUAUUAUGCUAAUGAGAAAUUUGGACCAAGUCGAUGGGUUGUGCAACGGAACAAGAUUAAUUGUUACAAGAUUUGCAAAUCAUGUCAUUGAGGCAAAAAUCAUGUCUGGAAAGAACAUAGGUAACAUUUUUUACAUUCCACGAAUGUCUAUGUCACCUUCUGAUUCACCUUGGCCAUUCAAGUUAAUUAGGAGACAAUUUCUGAUUAUUGUCUCCUAUGCAAUGACAAUUAAUAAGUCACAAGGUCAAUCUCUUGAUAGUGUUGGAUUGUAUUUGCCUACUCCUGUGUUUAGCCAUGGUCAAUUAUAUGUUGCGAUUUCAAGAGUUAAAAGCAAAAGUGGGCUGAAAAUCCUAAUUCAUGACAAGGAGAAUGUACUGUGUUCUACUACUACUAAUGUUGUGUACAAGGAAGUAUUUCAAGCACUUUGA